AUGACUGAAGCUUCUGCGACUUCAAAUUUUGAUAAUUACAUAUUAGAAUUACAUGGUAAUCUUGAUCGAUUACGUGAAAUUCCUGAUGUCGACGAACAAUGUGCUGUACUUAUUGGUGAUCUUGCUCAAGCUUACUCAGAGCAUCCAUCACCAAUGCAAACAGCUAUAUGUUUAUCGGCAUUAUUUUCUGGACAAAAAAAUAUUUUAACAUUUCUUCGACGUGCAAGUUCAAAACCUGAAUUAAAAAGAACUAAAAUCGAAAUACUUCAAUUCUUAAAAUUUUUUGUCGAAUCCGCAUCAAAUAAAAUUCUACCAUAUGCUGUUGAACUUAAAACAGUACUAUUAAUUAUAUUUAAUGUUGAUAGUGCAUCGGAUGUACGAGCUGGAACUUUUCCAGUUUUAUCACAGUUAAUCGAAUUGAGUGCUGGCUUUGCCGAUAUGGAAAGUGAAAUUGAUAAAAUGGCUACAACAUUUAUUGAUCUUAUUGGAUUGCAAAGUACAAAAACAACAGCAACAAUCAAAGGACUUUCUUUGGCAUUUCUGGGCUUAUUAUGUAAAUGUUUUCCUGAACAUAUGCGAAAAUAUUCAGAUCCACUUUUAAUUGGACAAUAUUUAAAAUAUUUACAUGAACAUCUCGUUCGAGAUGUGGUGAAAUUUGAAAUGUUAAUUGCUGCUGGAGCAAUGGAAGGUCUUAUUUAUUAUCUUGUUAAUUUUGUUCCUUCAGCAAUAUCAGUUGUACAACCGACAUUAAUUCGGAAUAAAAGUAAAGAUGAUGAGAAACGUAUCAAAGAAGAACAAAUACGAUGUGAAUCAGAUUUAAAACGUGUCUACAUUUAUGCAUCGCGUGCCAUACAAACACAAGAUCAAACUAAUCUAAAUCGAUAUGCAUUAGUUAAAGCUGGCCUGGAAUUAUUUGCACAACAUUCAACUUUAUUUACUGAAUAUCUCUAUGACGAUUAUCCUGAAAUCCUUCGUUGCCUUCGUGCAUGGAAUAUACAUGAUAAUUAUGAUGUUAAAAAAAUAGCUCAACGUGCCUACGAUACAUUUUUACUUGGAGUUGCUAAUGCUUUAAAAGAGCCGAAUAUUAAAACACAAGAACAACGUCGUCGUGCUGUACAAACAUUUCAAUAUUUUAUUAAAGAAUUUCGAGAUAAAAUUGAUUCGCCUGAAUUAGAAAUUCGAGAUUUAGCAAUGGGUAUUCGUGGCUAUGGUAUUUUUGCAAAUGCUUGUAAACUUUAUGGUACUGAAGAAGAUGUUAAAUUUAUGUUCGUUGGUUUAAUUCAACGCUGUGAACAAAUAGCUAUGCCAACAAUAUCCCUAUCGCAAGCUGCUGAUGUAUUCGAUGAACGUUUUUAUGCAUUGCCAAAUUUGCUUGAUGCACUUUCUGCUAUUAUUAUUGAAAUGACAAAUAUUGGCGAAGAAUUCCUUGGUCCACUUGAACGUUUAACUGUAAUGACAAUCGAUUAUUAUCCACGUUAUCAACCGAAACCACAAGCUACAACAUGCUCAUCAGUUAUUAAAAUGAUUUUAGCUUUACAAACUAAGCCAACAUGUUACAAACCAUUUUUAACACGAAUCGUUAAUCAAGCAAUCAUACGUUGUUGUUCACAUCCAUUGAAAUCAACUGUCGAACAACAAUUAGAAGAUGUUGAACCUGAUCUACCUGAAGAACAGGCAAAAUCUCUGCUUGCCAUUGGAAAAACCAUCACUUAUGAAAAUUAUAUUCCAUUAUGGAAAAUAAUCUUAAAUGUAACUUCAUUAAAAGAAUUCGAUACAAGUACAUAUCCAAUAUUUGAUCGACAAAAUAUGCUUGUUUCCUUAUACGACGAAAUGAUUGAUUCAAUUUUACAUAUUAUCGAUCGGCUUGAUUUAAGUGUUGAUAAAGAAAAAACAGAGGAUGAAAACGAUGAUGGAACAACAACAACUGAUCCAGUUUUUGGAAUGAAACCUAUGAAACCUAAAGAUUUUGAAAUAUUUUAUAAUCUUGUCGAUUUUUGUCAAGAUUUAUUACCUGAACAAUCGCCUGAUCUAUUUCAAAAAUGGAUCUUUCGAUUUUUAUAUGAAAUAAUAUCUGCUUCAACCAAAUAUCCAUUAGUCAGUGGAAUAUAUCGAUUUACAACGCUAGUGAUGAACAUAUGCUUAAAAUUAAAUUUUUUCAAAUCUGAUCGAUUAGUACCAACAACACGCGGAGGUAUUGAAAUGAUGGAUAUAGACAUCAAUGAAAACGAACAAGUAGCAUCAGUUUGUACAUUGGUUCGACGAUUUGCACACGAAGUAUUGUCGCGUCAAAAACAAUAUCGCGAUGAUUUACUUGUAGCAUGUUUACAAUUUAUUAUAUCAUUACCGUCUGAAUGCAUUGAUUAUGAUUUUGCGGAUUACGUACCGACUAUUCAACUUGCUUUAAGUAUUGGUUUAACUUACUUACCACUAGCUGAACAAACAAUUAAUAGUCUUGAACGAUGGUCGCAAUCAACAUCAUUAAAUUUAUCGAAUUAUUACGAUCAAAUAUUGCCCUAUCUUGAUGAUUUUCUCCGUUUAUCACAUGAUCAAGGUGAAGAUGUCAAUGUUCGUGCUAUUAUAUCAACUCUACAAGAAAAAACACGUAUGAGCUCGAGAAGUAAACAUGUCUUACCAACAAGAAUGCUUAAAAAAGCAAAACAAAUCAAACAUCUUUUUGAAGAUAGUGAUAUUCGUCGAGUUCAAUUUCGUAUAUUAAAAUAUCUUGGUUCAAUAGGCAAUCGUACAAAUCAUUAUCUUAUUGACAAUACGUCGAAUUAUUUAGUAAAAGAAGCUGUCGCAUGGGACAAUGAAAAUCAUCUGACAUUUAAUGUUCCUUUUGAUGAUAUCAAACCAACAAUACAUCUAGAUAUUUUUCUUCCUCGUAUUAUCGAUUUAGCAUCACAUUGUUCGGAUCGUCAAACGAAAAUAACAGCGUGUGAAUUGCUUCAAUCAAUAAUGCUGUAUAUGAUUGGAAAGAGCGCAAAUAAUCGAAGCAAUGCAGCAGCUUCCUAUGAAAAACUCUAUGCUCGUUUAUUUCCAGCUGUACUUGAACUUUCCUGUGAUUCUGAUACAUUUACAAAAACACUCUUUACCACAUUUAUGAUUCAAAUAAUACAUUGGUUUACUAAGAAUCAAAACUAUGAAAAUCCUGAAACAAUGUCAAUGCUUGAUACAUUUAUGGACGGCAUGAUAUCUGGACGUAAUGCAUCGAUCCGAGAUUUUAGUGGUGUUUGUCUGAAAGAAUUUCUUAAAUGGGCUGUUAAACAUGCUGGUGGCUUUGAUAAACCUGCCUAUUUAAAAAAUGCUACAUCGAUUCUUAAGCGUAUUCUUAGUUUUUCAAUGCAUCCGAAUACUUUCAAAAGACUUGGUUCGGCAUUAGCAUGGAAUUCAAUAUAUACACUUUUUCGUGAAUCGGAAACGUUGAUAGAUGUUUAUACAUUUCAAUUACUUUAUGUUUUUGUUGAAAGUUUAGCUAUUGCUCAAGGAGAUGAUCCAUCGCUUGGUACUCAACAACAAGCCAUAGGAGCUUUAUCACAUGUACAGAGAAUUAUAAAAGAAAAAUCGAGUGUAUUUAUUAAAGAAACACCAAAACGACAUCGUCCACCAUCAUGGACUGAAGCAACACUUGAAAUUGCUGUUCGAUGGUUACUUCGGCAAUGCGGAAGAAUUGAAACUGAAUCAAGAAGAAAAUGUAUUGAACUUGUUUGUACAUUUAUUCCAUUGCUACCCGGAGUUCGGUCAAUUAGAGAAUAUUUUGAUUUGAAAGUGAAAUCUGACGGAAAUGUUUAUUUUAUUGAGAGAUUUGAAGGAUCAUUGAAUAAAGAAAACAAGACAAAAUUCAAAGCUAAUCUAGCUAAUCAACCGUGUCUAACUGAUAUGACUGAACAAUUUUCAAUUCCAACAGUUUAUCAAUGGCUUGAUACUGUCAUUGCUUCGUUAGAUUGUUAUACUUGGGCAUUUUCACAAGGAUAUCUCAAUCCUCUUCUAUUUCAAGACAAUCACCAACAAAGUCAUCUCAUUGUUGCAUUAUUAUAUUUUAUAACAAAAGUGUCUAUGAGUACGUUGUAUAAUAUCGUUACUUAUUUUCCACCGUCGACUCAAACACAUGUAUUUACGCCGACUGAUAUUAGUCAAUUUGAAACGGCGAAGUGUACAGUUAUUGUUCGUUUAUUGAAUUUUAUUACUGCACUUUGGAGUAAAUAUCCACAAGAUACACUACGAGCAAUCGAUAGUUCUUUUUAUAAUAAUGAUUUAACAACAUUAAUUUUAACUUGUGUAUUCAAUCCUACACAACUCGGAUUUGACAUUAAUAAUGAAGAGAUUAACAAGAAAUUACCGGAAAGAAUUCGUAGUUUACUUAAAUCAAUGACUACUCAUUUACCUGAUCAAUUAUUACAAUCAUUCUAUGAUAUUGCAUUGAAAAUGACGAAAACUGAUGGACUUUACAGUGUGACGAAACAACUUGAUCAAAAUCCAAUUCAAUGGCCAUUAAUAUUUACUAUCACUCGUGGUCUUCGUCUUCUACACGAUGUACGAUUAUUGCCUAGACCUCAAGAACCUGAUCAAUACGCAAAAGAAUUAUGGAUGACAAUGCUAGCGAAAAUGAUUAAUCACGAAGAAGAUUUUGAUAAAGCCAAUCUUGUUCUAACUGUUGAUACUCAACGUGGCUUACAAUCGCUGUUUGAUUAUAUCAUUUAUUUAGGCAUUAAGCCGACUGAAGUUUUACCACAUUUUUUUCAAUCAAAUCGUAUCCACACGGACUCCGGUAUGACAACCAUUGGUACUUAUUUAUUAACAUUAUUUAAACAUCAAAUCACAAGUUGGCUCGGUACAACUCCUCAUUUCAUAACGGACAAUGUCGGUGAAACAAAUACAAUUGAACAAUGUCGUCCAGCGGCUACAUUUUUAAGUACUGUUCUUGAUUUGUGCAGCCGAGAAAAAGAUAUUCGUCAAAAGUAUGGCCCACAAUUUAUCGAUGGUAUCUAUACAUGUUGGCCACAAUUUUCUUCACUGUACUAUUCAACAAAUGUCGAUGAUAAAUUAUUAAUUGUAACAUUAUUAACAAAAACUUUCAUUAUUGAUAGUCAUCAAUUAAUUUUACAUGAACAAUUCAAUAAUAUAUCUCAAAUGUAUUUAUUAUUAUUAACUGAUAAACAAUUAAACUUAACGUUUAAAAUACGUUUACUUGAUUUAUUAGCAUUUUUUGCUUCGAUUGAUUUAGAUGAAAGUUUAUCUGAAGAAAAACGUAAAAAAUGGUCCAAUGAUCUAUGUCGUACAUUACGUCAAUUUACAUCUGAUUGUUUUCCAUUGAAAAGUACAGAAUUCUCGGUUGGCACCCAAGAAUAUCAUGAUUUUCAAGCGGCUAUAAGAAAAAUUCUCUCAGCCCUUGAAUUAUCAUCAUCGUUUAUCUUACUUGAAUUAUUAAUAUGGAUGUUAUGUUGUGAACAACAUCAUGCAUUUGAAGAAGAGAUUCUUUUCUCCAUAAGUCGUUUUGUUAUUAAUUUAAAUAAUCAUGUUAAACAAACAAAUCUGCUUGAUUACGUUUAUUCAAUUAUAUUCGGUAAAAAUUCUUUAUUCCGCACUGAACAUCGUUUAAAUGCAUUAGAAAAGUUAAUAUUAAAAAUUUUAACAUCCGUACGGAAAAUAACAUUGAUUGAAUUCUAUAAAAAAUAUGUAUGUACAUUGGUUAUUGAUGAACUUGAUGUUAAAAUUGAUUUAUCAUCGCAAGCAUUAAUAUCUAUUCUGAUCAAUAAAGUUUGUACAUAUCGUUUAAUUGAUCAUAUGUAUACAAUAUUAAAUAAAGAUGACAUAUUUGGUUUAAAUUCUCUGAUAGCAAAAACUUUCUAUGAACAUAUUAAAAAACAAGAAGAAGCAAGAAAAAUUCUCAAUGUCGAACUGCCAAUAUCAGCAAUUAAAGUCGGACCAAUAUUCGAUGGAAAAGAAUUAACUAAACACGUUAUAACACGAUCUCGAGGUCAAUUUGUAGAUGGAAAAUUAAUGAAAUCUAUGGAAUUGAUUUUAGCUGGAGUUAAUACAAAUGAAAAACAGAUUAAAUUAAAUUUAACACGAGCUUUAGCAGCAAGCUCAUUCAAUUGUCUAAUUUCACUGCUUAUUUGUACACAAACAGAAGCAAAACUUUAUAAAGCUUUUAUUUUUGAUGCAAAUCCAGCCAAGGAUGAAUAUGUAUUUGAAAAUUUAAUCGAUUCCGAACAGAAAUAUACAUUUCCUCUUGAACUUGAACGUUAUUACAAGAAAGAUAAACGUACAUUGUUGAAUAUAUUAUGUAAGAAAAUCUUAACAACAUCAAAAUCUGAUAAUCCAUCACAUCAACAACGUCUAUCCAGCACACCACGUUAUUUAUCAUCACAAUAUUUAUUCGGUAGUAGUCUUACUGAUGAAUUAGCUGUUUUCGAUUUUACAUCAGCUGCUGUCAACCAACAACACAACGACUUAAGCAAAAGUCUCUCAAGUUCCUUAUCAGAUAAUACUUCAACCAAUUUGUUGAAUCAAAAAAAGCUCGAUGAUGAUAAACCUGCUUUAAUCGAAGGGUCCGAUGAUGAAAUUGGUUCAGAAUUUAUCGACAUGGAAAUGGAUGAACUUAAUUUACAUCCCUGCAUGGUACCUAUGGUUUGUCUAUUAAAACAUAUGGAAACAAAUGGAAUAAUUCCAAUCAAUGACAAUUUUUCUCAUUCAUCCGAAAUGCCUCUUUGGAUGAUUUGUGUAUAUAAAAAAUUUAGUGAUCCACUUAUAUCAUUUAAUAUAAAAUUAUUUCUCAUGCGUCUUAUUAUACAUACACAUACAAUCUUUAAACCCUAUGCACGCUAUUGGUUAACACCAAUAAUUCAAAUGUGUAAUCAAAUGUUUGAAAAUUCAUCCGAAGGUUUAAAUACAUUUAUUAUUGAUACAAUCGUUAUCUUAUUGUCAUGGCAUAAACAAGCAAUACCAAGUGAACUUGAUUCAAUUGCUGUACAACGUCUUAUUGAGCAUUUAUUUUCAAAUUGUUCUCAUCGUAAUCCAAUCGUGAUGAAAUCGAAUUUAGAUUUAAUUAAAAAAUUAAUUGAAUGUUGGAAAGAACGUGUACAUUCGCCAACGGUUAUUCUAUAUAAAUUAAUAUCGGAACCAGAUUUAAAGUCAAAACAAAAUGCAAUUGGUCUUUCACUAGUUGGAAUUUUAUUAGCUAACGAAAUUCUACCCUAUUAUGUAGCACCGGCACCCGUUGGAAAUCUUCCUCCGGUAACAACUGGAUCUUCGAUAUCAACCGUACCAAAUGAUUUAACCGAAGACAAAUUUAAUGAUACGAUUUUAAAAAAUAUGAAAAAUACUUAUAGAAAUAUUUAUGCAGCAGCUGCCGAAGUUAUUGGAAUGUUGUUAAAUGUUAAAAGAGUAAAAAGCGAAUCUACUCAACGUUUAUUAGAACAGCUAAGUCUUAUAUUAAAAUGGCACAAUAGUCAAGGUUUAUCCGAUACCUAUGUGACAUGUAUUUAUUCAAUACAAAAACAUUAUCCAGCAAUUGUUGAGAAAACUGUGAUGAACAAAUUGAUAUUUGGUUUGAAGAAGAUGUAUGGUGAUAUCAAAAUUGAAUGUUUAGAAUCAUUGAUUGCAAAUAUUACAGAAUUCGAUUCAGCAUAUAUGGAAUUACGAGCGGCUGGAAUAUUAGAUAUUCUGAUUCAUAAAGAUUUUGGUAUUCGUGGUGUUGCUCUACGUCUAUUACAUAAACUCUUACCGAAAUUAACGCAUGAACAAUUAUAUGAAAUAGCCCAAAUAUUAUUCGUUGAUGGUCCGAAUGAAUGUCAAAUUUGGACACUUGAAAUUUAUAAAUGGAUGUAUGAUUAUAUUACAAAUUAUUUAACAAAAGCAAUGAAAACAUCAAUAACACCCUUGUCGGAAAUGUUCUAUCAUCAUGUACGUGAACAGCUACUUCAAUUAUUAUCGAGUAAAAAUGAAUUUAUCCGUGUUAAUUGUCGAAAUUUUUGGUGUGAUGCAAAACGUUUAAGUACAUCAUCUCAACAUCGUCUUCUUGCAUUGGUGGAUCAAUUAUAUUCAAUUAAAACUGAAAAUGAAUAUUUAAAUUAUUGUACAAAUUUUCUUCUCGAACGCACAACACAUAGUCCUGAUUAUAAUCAUUUUAUAUUUGAAAAUCCACUUGAUAAAUGUCUAUUUCAAGAAUUUCCAUUAGCCUGUAAUUGGCGUCAACGUCACCAUACGUAUAUGAUGCCGUUAUUUACAUUACAAUCACAAUCAAUGAUCGAUCCAUCCGUAUCAACGGCAACAAAUUUAAUGACGAUGGAUCCUGUUCAAUUUAUGCAAACAUUGAGCGACAAUAAUAAUAAUCCAGAUCAACAACAGUCAACUACAAAUUCCCCAUCGCCUAUGAUUUUACAAACACAAGAAAUGUCAGGUAGACAACAAUUUCUUCCGACACAAAUGUUAGACAAUAAUAAUGGAAGUUAUAAUUGGCUUAAACAAACAAGCACAUUAGAUUCAAUAAAUACAUUUGCUUUGCCAACAUUAGGAACGCAAACAAAAAAAACAACUUCAUUAAUUGUCGAUGUUGAUAAUACAAAUAAAAAACCGAAAAUAAAUGCACAAUCUAAUACACAAAAUCAAUACGAUGAACAAGAUGAUGAUAUUUUUAGACUUAAAAGAAGAUUUCUUAAAGAUUCAGGACAAUUGCAUGCUGCUUAUUUUGCUCGAAGGCAAAAUGAAAAAAAAGAAGAUGAAAAACAAUUUUUAAAUGAAAUUAAACUAAAACAAGAAAAUCAAGUCGAAAAAUAUCGUACAUAUCGUAUUGGUGAACUGCCCGAUAUACAAAUUCGUUAUAGUGAUAUCAUUAUUCCUCUUCAAGCUCUUGCUCAAUAUGAUAAUCAUAUAGCACGACUUUUAUAUGCAAGUCUAUUUACAUCCAUAUUAAAUGCACUAGAAGAUAAAUUAUCGCCCGAUGAAUAUUAUACAAUAAUAAAUACAAUUCAACAUCGCUUUGAUGUUAUGCUAUCGCAAUCGGAAAUUUUCUAUCCAUCAUUUGUCGCUGCCAUACUUGAUAUUGUUCUAUCGAAACCAGAACAAAUACAAAUAUCAGCACAAUAUAUCAGCGCGUCAACAAUAGCAAGUCAUCUAGAAUCAGUCGGCAUAUUAACAAUCGAAUGUUUUAUACGUUUAAAUCAAAUGAAUGAGUCUCAACUAAAUACUUUUGGACCAUUAAAAAAGAAAUUAAAAUCUGAUCCAGAUUUAAAUAAUCAAUUGUAUAAGAAAAUUGAUCAAUGGCUUGAAUUAGCGAAAUGCUACCGUUCCUUGGCUAAUUAUGACGAUGUACGAGGUAUUUUUUCUCAAACACCUGGCCUGAAGUCUAUAACACUACGUGCUAUUGAAGAAGAAAGUCAUGCAGAUUUUUUAUUAGCUUUAAAUAGUUAUGUAACAGCAUUAGAACAAUAUCCAUUAACUGACGAAACAGCAAAUGAUCCGAUAUUAGAAUUAGAACAUGAAUUUUGGACACAAUCAAUGUUAAAUUGUUGUAAUCAAUUGAAUAAUUGGACUAUUAUGUCGAAACAUAUAUUUAUCGAUAAUACAACAUUCGAUACUUUGUGGUCCAAUGCGCAUCAAUUGAAUUAUUUAAUGCCGUAUGCUAUACGUGCCAAACUUAAAUUACUUAUAUCAGGCAAUGAAAAAGAACAAUUGGAACAAGAUGAUCUUUGUCAAUUCUUUAAUAAUUUAUCAACAAAUUCAAAUAAUACAGUUGCAACGGCCAAUGUAGAGACAACAUUUGUUAAACGAUCUUACAUUGAAAAACAAUAUCCAUUUGAAUUAGCAACAUUUUUUCUUUAUCAAAAAGAUUUCGAUCGUGCAAAAUAUUAUAUUCAAUAUGCUAAAGAACAAUUUUUACUUCGUUGGUCGACAUUAAGUCGUUUGAGUGAAUAUGGCCGUAAAACAACUAUUCAAUUGAUUCAACCAUAUUAUGAGCUCGAUCAAUUUCUUGUGUUUAUCGAACAAAAUUUACCAUUAUUAAAAUCUCUUGAAAAUCGUUAUUUAACAAACAACAAAAGUGAUACUACGACACGUGAUCUAUUUCUCGAACGUGUACAUAAUGAUCUAUUAUCACAAUGGCAACUACCCGAUGUUAUACGUAGUUCAGUUCAAACAUGGGAUGAUAUUGUUACAAAUCGAUCACUAUUUUUAGAUAUUCUCGAUGAAUUAAUUGGCGGGCCACGAAUGACAUUUACUAGUCGAUUAAAAGCAACUGAAUUCGAUCCAUUAUUAGUUGAUUAUAAAGUUCAAUCGUUACUUGAUAUGUCCUAUUGUGCGUUGCGUCAACGUAAUUUUAAAUUAGCUUUAACAAAAUUAAAUGAAACACGUAAUCGUCUUGAUUUAUGUCAAAAUCCAUUAAUAAAAUCGAUCUAUUGGAAUGAAAUCUAUUGUGAUGUACAUUUAAAACGUCAUCAAAUUCAAUCGUCGACAUCAACUCUAUCUAGUUUAUUGUCAACAAGUGUUGCGAAAGAAUUGAAAAAAAUGGAAAUAAAAAUAUAUUCAUUAAAAAUUAUUGAUCAACAAACAGCACAAUUAAAUUCAACUUAUAUUCAAUUAAAUUCACAAUUUUGUCGAACAGUUAUUGAUUUUCUUCUUGCGCAUCCACAAGCUUAUCAUAAUUAUGAACAUGAUGAAAAAAUUCCACAAGCAAAACAAAAACAAUUAGAAAUGUUUUUAUAUGGAUUAGAAAAUAAUAGUCAACAAAUUCAACAAGCAGAUUGCUUAAUCUAUGAGCUAUUUAAUAAAUGUGUUAAUAUAUUAAAAGAUAAUAUUGAAAAACAAGAAACAGAUUUACAAAGUCUUUCAAUAUCUAUUCGUCAAGCAAAAGAAAAUAUUCUUAGUCGUGAUUAUAAUGAAUUAGCAAGUGUUUGCGAUGAUUAUCUACGUCGAUAUGAAAAUAAUGAAGAUGAAAAUAAUUUAAUGGCCAAUUUAUUUACUGGUGGUCAUGGAAAUGAUAUCGCUAAAUUAGUUGUUAAAUCCGUCUUGUUAUCAAUGAAAUAUGGUUCCAAUGAAGGUGUUAAACGUUUUUCGCGUUUAUUACAAAUUGUUGAUUUAUACCCAGACACAAUGGAUUUGAUUGCUGAUAAAUUACAAGAAAUUCCUUGUUGGAUGUUUUUUGAUUGUCUAUAUCAAAUAACCGCACAUUUAGAUAAACCAAUUGCGCUGAAACUAUACCCAUUGAUUGAGCAAAUUGUACAACUCUAUCCACAAUCCAUUGUAUAUCCAUUUAAAUUAAGUUAUGAAACAUUACAAAAUUCCAUAACAGAUCCAAUACUUAAACAUAAUCUUGAUUCUAUCCAUGAAAAAUUAAAUCGUUAUACACCCCUGGUGAAUGAAUUUAUCGAGGCAUUAAAUCAAUUGAAUCCUCAACAACAAUUUGAUGCAUGGUCAAAAGAACUCUUUCAUUUAUUGACAAAUGAUCCAAGCACAAGAGAUAUCGAUAAACUUAAAUCACAUUUGAGGAAAUUAAACGAAAUACUGUUGUCGAAUUGUGUCAAUCUCGAUGAAACUAACGAUAACCAAUACAUACUAGUGAAUACACAAGAAAGUUUGAAUAGUAAUGAAAAUGAUAAUACAUCAUCUAAAUCUAAGAUAACAUCGAUCAGAAUAUUAUUUAAAAACACUGUUGAAAAAGAAUUUAAUGAUUUAUUUGGUAGAGAUGGCGAAUUAUUUUCAACAGUAUCAUUAGGCGAUGCGCGUUUAGUAUUAGGAAAUAUUUCAUUGAAAUUAAAAACUAUUAUACAAGAUAAAUCAAAUAUAAAUGAUUAUUCAACAUGGUUUUCGUCAACAUUUCAACAACAAAAUCGUAUAUUAGAUAAAUCAUCUAUACGCGAAUUAGAAAUACCCGGUCAAUAUUCAAGUAAAAAGAAACCGUUGAUGGAACAUCACAUUAAAAUAGUUGGUUUUGACGAAAAACUUUUGGUACUUCAUUCAUUACGAUUGCCAAAACGAAUAACUAUACGUGGAAAUGAUGAAAACGAUUAUAGAUUUUUAGUUAAAGCAGGAGAAGAUAUACGACAAGAUCAACGUAUCGAAGCUUUAUUUUCGAUUAUGAAUGAUCUUUAUGAUAAUGAUCCAAAUUGCAACCAAUCGAAUUCCGCUCAUAUUGCUGUACGAACUUACAAAGUUAUUCCAAUGUCAUCCAAAUUGGGUAUGAUCGAAUGGCUUGACAAUACACGUCCAUUAAAAGAUCUAAUCGAAGAAUCUUACAAUAGCCAAGAACUUGAUGUAAUAACAAAUCAAGGUCAACAUCCAAGAAAACUCUAUCAAGAUUACGUAACAACUACAUAUCAAACAGCAAAACCCGCAGCGAAAACAGCGAAUAACACUCUGAUGUACGCUGAACUUUUUCUUAGUCUAACAAAAGAUCAAGUGCGAGAAGAAUUCAAUCGUAUACAAUCAGUUGUACCUGCUGAUUUACUGCGACGUGCCUAUUAUAAAAUAGCUAAUUCACAUGAAGGCUUUUAUACAUUACGCCGACAAUUUAUUACUAGUUAUGCUGUUUUAUGUACAAGUCAAUAUAUACUUGGCAUUGGAGAUCGGCAUCAAUCGAAUUUCUUGAUCGAUACAACAUCUGGUCAAAUAAUUGGUAUUGACUUCGGUUCAGCAUUCAAUGCAGCUACGAUUCAUUUACCUGUGCCAGAAUUAAUACCAAUACGUUUGACACGACAACUAACACAAUUGAUGUCACCGGUCGGUACAGCCGGUCUAUUUCGUGCCACAAUGAUUCAAACAAUGAAUGCAUUACGAGAAAAUUCGGAUCUUUUGCUCAGUACCAUGGAUGUAUUUAUCAAAGAACCAUUAAUGGAAUGGAUGGAACAUGCUCUUAGAACAAGUAAGCAAGUAGCACAAAAUGAAACAAAUAUAGUAGAUUCAGAUGAUACCUAUGCAAAAGAUCGAAUCAAAAGUGCACGUUUAAAACUUAAUGGAAUUAAUCCUGCAGUUAUAACUGGGUCUGAUUUGAAAUUAAAUAAUUUUCUUCGUUCAUCGAAUUUGAAAGAAGCACGUCGUCGAAUGGAAAAAGUAGUUGCUGGCGAUCGAAUAGAAACUAAACGUGCGCAAAUUUUAUUACAAUAUAAUUCAAGUCGUCAUCAUAAAUUGACUGUUGAUGAACAAAUUGAUUGUAUUAUUGAUCAAGCAACAGACGUGGAUAUACUUGGCCGAUCAUGGGCUGGCUUAGAAACAUUUAUGUAAAUCACUUUUUUUUUAUAAAAAAUAAUUCUGUGUGUGAUUGGUCUAAAAUUAUUUCAAAGCAACAUUUUUGUGGCAUCAUUUUCCUUGUUUCAUUUUGUAUAAGUGCUCAAUGAAAUUUGUUUUCGUUUGAUAAUUAAAGAUAUUAAGAUCAUAAAUAUUUGAAAGGUUAUAUGCACUACGUAUGAAGUGAAUUUGUAUUUUAUCUUGAAUUUAUUAGUCUUUUAUAAUGAAAUUAUAUUCUUAAGUUGUGAAGUAAUUUAAAGUAGCCUGUUGUGAGCUUUUUUGUAUAUUGAAUGUAAUACAAAGCACCAGAUUCACGUAGUCUGUCGUAAUGUGAAUAUCAUGAGAACAAAACUUCGGCUUGUGCUCGUUGAACAGGCUUGCUAAAUUCAAAUUAAAUUUAAAAUAAAUGCGGAAACAUCGGAUUUACAUUCGAUUGUUAUGUGUACUGCAAAAACUGAGUCGAUUUAUAUAUGUUGUGAAGAAUUCUGAGAAAAAUUGUUCUUUGAAAAAAUCCCUGU